AUUGUCUAGAGAGAGAGGAGGUGAGACGUGUUACAAUCACCAUCUGUGAAUUAUACAUAAAACAUAUUCAUAUUUCAGUGAAACCGACUUGUGGAAUUUUACUUUCAUCAAGCAGUGCUCCUAAACCGAUGGCGAACACUGAAUUCCUUUUAGAAGAGACCGAAAUUUUCGAGGAUCAAAUUGUGCCCGACCAAGACGAUUGUUUUCUCCCGCCUAGCGCGGAUGUAGCUGUGCAGUGGAACGUUGUCCAAGAAUUGGAAAAAUAUCUGCCAUAUGACCCCCUGACUCAAGCACCAGUAGCGAAGAAGGUGAGGCGCGAAAGCGCCUCAGUAGUCGACGAGUUCUUCGGCGAUGAUAAAGACACACCGGAAUUGAACAACGCCAAACAGCGCGUUCAGUUGGCACGUGCCAAGUACAUGGACUUGGGACACCUUAGAACAGGGUUGAUUGGUAACCCGAAGUCCCAGACAAGUGAUAUACCGAGACGCGGAAGUUCUAAUCUCAUUUCCGAAUUCUUUGGAGAUGUUUCUAGUCCCAAGAAAGUUAUUCCGUCAGUCAAGAAGGUGGAUACUACCUCCUUUGACGUCAGUGCUACCAUGAUGGACACAUUCGUCCCCAGCAGUUACACUGAGUUAGAGGAACAGAGUAAAAAAGUGUCGGAUUCGCUAUGGGAGGACCUCCGAAGUAGUUUUGAUAUUCUCGAACCUUCGGUUAACGAUGAGAAGAGAGACGAGGUAUACCAAACGAAAGGUGCCACUACGAUACCUAAGAUUAAAUCGGAAUUUGUGGACUUAACUAGUAAACCUUCUUGUCAGUUUGAAAAUUCACAAAGGACAACGCCUAAUGGCGUAACUAUUAAAGUAGAGCCGUCGGAGCCGAGCUGUCUGUUGACAGCUAGUGUUUCAGAUAGUUUUAAUUCUCGUCCCAAAACUCUUCCUAUUCCAGUUUCCCAACAAGUGAUUCUUUCCCAGCCCGGGUCAUCAGUUGUGCAAUAUAUUACCCAGCUUAGAUCUGUGGGCGUUAACAAAUCGCAGGUGACCACAAACAAUCGGAUGUACGUGAGCACCCCGCCCCACACCGUUCCCGUGUUACCCCCUACUCCUCCUAACUCCCAGCCAGGAAGUCCAGACCAGGACACGGUCCGUCGGACUCCCCCACCCCCUUACCCUGGACUUCACCGCCCAUCUCCCUUAUCAUCCCCAGCCGGUGGUUUCAACAUUAAACCAGUCAUUCCCAUCAGGACCCACACACCGACACGCCAAAGCAAGCCCCAGUUGACACAUCCAGGCUGUUCCACCAUCAAAUACAACCGAAAGAACAAUCCCGAGUUGGAGAAACGGCGUAUCCACUUCUGUGAAUUUCCAGGUUGCAGAAAAGCCUAUACCAAGAGUUCACAUCUUAAAGCUCAUCAGCGGAUUCACACAGGUGAAAAGCCAUACAAAUGUCACUUCCCAACUUGUCAGUGGAGAUUCGCAAGGUCCGACGAGCUUACCAGACACAUACGAAAGCACACGGGUGCCAAACCCUUCAAGUGCAAGGUUUGUGAGCGGUCCUUCGCAAGGUCUGAUCACUUGGCGCUGCACAUGAAACGCCACGAGCCCAAGAAAUGAAGGGAAUCACAACCCGAGAUUUUUUGUCGUGGGAUUUGAGCCCUCACGUUUGGAACCCAGCAAUGGCAUGGGACUCCAUGAAGAAUCCAAUUGGAAGGCUAUUUGAAUAAAGCCUGGAAAGUUUGUAGCUGGACAUUUGAAUGAAUGUGAACGGCCAUCAAAGGACAAGUGCUAGGGCGACGGUGAUAUUUUUUGCCACGCCCCGUGUUACUGGAGGAUUGCCCAAUGACCGAAUUUGGGUGGAAAGAGACACUUUUUCUGAGAAUGGUUCUGGUUAGAACGUAUAUAUGAUUGGCUAGUAGUUACGGCCAGGGAACAUACUGGACGUUCUGAUUGGUGUCAAGAUCUUUUGCCAGUCGUUUUUGGCUGUUUGUUUACGAGAAUGAAAGAUUAUCGAAUGCUAGUCGAGAUAACUGAAAUGUAUGUACCGGUGACUAAUCUGGUGAAUGUACAAUGCCCAUAGACAGUAUUAAUAUCUCAGGGCUACGAGAAGCAAACAGCACCACUGAAGCUGUGAUCACGUCGAUAGAUCAAAAUAUAGUAUCGAUUAGAGCAGGCACACAAGUUGUUGACUGUCGUCGUUGCGUAUUUAUUGUAACAGCUAAAUGUUAUACAUAUUGAUACAAGUAGUGCGCGUGCGCACUUGGCAUACCGAGGUUACUAGAGAUGUGUAAUGGGUCUGCAGUUGUUUACAGACAAGAGGUGUUGAGUCAUACUAUCUUUCUAGUUUUUUCUGCGCAGUGUUGAUGUUGGGCCGUUAGUUGUUGCUUAUUUUGACGUAAAUGGGAAAGUGCCAUUAAUUGUUAAACGUCAUUAACAAUUUGUUAUAUCUGUGUUUGUUGACGUAAAUAGGUUAAUUAAUUGCUGUUGUUUUCCCACUACAUUAUCAUUCCAGAACUGUGUUAAUGUGCUUUAUGGAUGACAAAAUUUCUAGAGCUUUUUUUCUUUUUUUUUCUUUUCUUUUUUCUCCUCUUCUCUGAAUGUUACUUUGAUAUAUAUUUAAACAAUACAUUAGAAAUCCUUUGAUAAUUGCUCUUUGGGAUUUCUUUGCUUAUCGGAUCUUUGAUAUCUUGUACACUAUUUGUCAAUUUUUCACUGACACAAAUCUAUGAUCAGAAAUCCUGUGAUUUGUUUUUGAUGUUGUGGAAUGUAUAGUGUGAUAAAGAUAUCUAUUUAAUUUAUUAUGUAAUUUUUAACAGCAUAGAUUUCAGUACGUUAUUGAUUAAAUUACACGUGAAGGCUCGGUUUGAAAAAGAUGAACAACAAAAAUAUAAAAUUGAUUCUAGAGUUUGUAGUAUACUUAAAAUUUUGACAGGACAUUUCUAACAGAAACGUAAAAAAAACCUAUUUAUUGGAUACACUUGAACUCCUAAUGAAGGUAUGAUUCCAAUACGGGUCCAGAGAACUGUUACUGGAGUAUGUGAUAAGGAGUGUCUGUGAGUUUACAAGACAGAGCUAUGUACGUGGAGUGUAAGUUGGUUAUGAGGGCGACAUGAAGUUAUUUUACUAGGUAUUAAACUUUUGUGAUAAGACGUUGUUGUAUGGGGACUUAAGCUCAGAAUUCUUUGAUAUCCUCCAUUGAUAAAUUUUAUAUUUUUUUUACACGUGCCCUUUUGUGACACCUGUAUCGAUGUUUACUUCGAUUAUAGUUUAUUUGACUGUACAAUAAAACAGAAAAAAAUACCUUAAUAAA